CGCCGCCGUCGUCGUUCUCCCGGCAAUACCUCUCUCCGGAGAUAAUAUUUUUGAGGUACGUGUGCGCUCGCGUGUGUGUCCGUGUCCGUAUCUCCGCGCGUGUGUGUGUGAGUGUGUGUGUGUGUGCGUGGUAGCGCGCGCUCGCGGGUGUGUGUGUGUAUCGGUGAGUGCGCGGGCCGUAGCGUACGGACUGACGACGGACGGACGGACGUCGUCGGCGAAAAAAAAUAAUAAAAAUAAUAAUAUUAAUAACACCACUAUUAAAAAUUAUAAUAUAUAUUAUAUAAAUAUAUGUGACAAUAACGCGACUUUUUUUUUUUUUUUCGUUCACGGCACAUCGAUUCCUAUAAAUACUCGUUAAUAAUAGUUUAUCACCAAAACGGUCGUAGGGUAGUUUGUCGAAGCGUUGUGGUAGUUUUUUGAGAUUGCGUUCGGAGAUCGGAGAGUAAUACAUACUAUUAUUAUUAUUAUUAUUGAUAUAUAAUAAUAAUAUUAUAACGUCAUUGUAUUGUGACAAAAUUUAACACAAACUGUCGACCGUCGCACUGGGAUUGUCCGGGUCAAUCAUAAUUCAGUAGGCUAUGCCCCAAAUAGCUUCAAGUUACGAACAAUAUGGCUGAGAAUUCUGAUUCUGAUUGUGAGAGCGACAGCGAUAGCGACAACGAAGAGGAGGAAAAACUCCAUUUUAUUAGUACAUUUUUAUUAUCAGGGUUGUGUUUAACACAUAUUGUCCUGAUAUCAUAAUAAUCACCAUGGAUCUCAGUGGAUACGUACUAAUACUCAAAGAAACCGAAGAUAAUAAAGCCAAGCUUCUAGGCUCAAAAGUUGACCGUGCAGAUUUUGAAACUGGUGAUGAAAUAUUCGCAAUUAAUGGACAGCAAAUUGCAGAAAUGACUCGCAACGAUUUAUUAGCUUAUCUAUAUCAGUGUAUUGUUACAAGAACCAUAUGCAUGAAUUUAAAACCUCGAGUUAAAAAAGUCGUUAACACCAGCAUAGACUCGGCAGGUUCCGAUCUAGGUCAAGUUCAUGAUGCCUUCUUCAUCGGAAUUGAAGAUGAAGCCAAAGAACGGUUGGAACGGCUGGCGGCUAGUAAACGUAUCACACCAGUUGACAUUACUAAAUUGGCUCACCAGUUGAUGCGUCAAUUGCACCCAACCGCCGUACUCAACGAUUAUUUAGACAAUAAAGAACAUAGUAGCCGAGUCGGUUCUUCGUGCCUGCCCGACAACGGAAAUAAAUUAGCCGAACAAUCCGAUCCCAAACUAUUUAGGAGACCUAGUUCACCAUUCAAUAAUGGUCUUACUGAGGUCCUUAUCUGCAAAGAUGUUAACGAUAGUAAUAAUAGACUGAAAGCUGUCGACGAGACCAACGAAACUGAAAAAAGGUCUCGUCGUAGAAGUGGCGGGGGAUUGGUUCGCGUGGGUAGCGAAGUCGGUACGCUGGAAAAAAAGAGAGCUGUCGAAGACCUAACAGGCGAACUACAGGAUAGUAUGACGGUCAUAAUGAGUUCGCUGGACAAUGGGCCUCACAGCGAGAGGGCCGUAGACGUUCCGGAUUCGUUUAUCGGCCGCAACAAGACACCGCCGAGGUACCCGCCGCCGUCCAGGACGAACCGCAACAUUGGAACACAGAACGGUUCUGUGGUACCGGAGAGACACCCGGUUCCGCCACCUCCUCCGCCCCGAUCCGACGUAAUCAAACAGCAGCUUCAACACGCCAGCAUCAACAAUAACACGAUCGUUACCAUAUCGUCCACUGAGCCCACUAAAGAACAGUUGGAGAGCAUCAAGAAAUACCAGGAUGCGUUGCGGAAGAGAAAAGAAGAAGAAGACAGGGUCGCUCAACAAAAUGCAUUUCUCAAUGGGUCGUUGAGAAGUUCACAAAAACUUCGAGAGCUUGAACACGAACCACCGGAAACGGGAAUCGUCAAUGACGGGUUUUCGUCAGAACAGGACGAAGAUAACAAUCGUACCACCAUCAGUGCUGUGGAUUAUUUUGAUGAAGAAUCACAGGAUCCGUACGAGCCGAUAUUCAGGGUUGUGGGGUAUGGCGAACUGAUAGCCGCACUCCAGAGGAUACACUUGCAGCUGAAAAAGAACGGGAUCUAUCUUGGUAACAAAUCAGAUCCGGACGUUUCUGUGAUCCAAUGCCUGUUGUUAAACCCGGAAUUCGUCCGCGUGCUGUCCGUGCACAACAAGGUGCAGCAGUUGUGGCCUCCCACCACGACCAAGAGGCCGGUGACUCCGGAAGCACAAAAUUUAGUCCGAGACUGUUUAGAGAGCAUUCAGAAUAGCGAUCUGCCUGAAGCAUCGGAACUCGCUAAACUAUUGUCCCAGUACGAAAUCGAAGGCGUGCUCUGGGCUCAUGAUACUAUAGCUCAGGACGUGUUGCCACAAGACGACGAGGCUACUACGGAGGUAACAGUCACGCUACCAGCAACCGAGUCAUCGAUGUACAACACGGACCAACAUCCACCCAACAUCACAAUUAUCAAUAUCGAAAAAACCAACGAACCAUUGGGUGCCACUGUUCGAAAUGACGGUGAUGCGGUGAUCAUCGGCCGAAUAGUUAGAGGUGGCGCUGCCGAAAAAAGUGGACUACUCCAUGAAGGUGAUGAAGUGUUGGAGGUGAACGGUGUAGAAAUGCGUGGCAAGUCCAUAAAUGAUGUCUGUGAUAUUCUGUCCGUGAUGACUGGACCUCUAACGUUCAUGAUUGUACCUAGUGCUAAUCGGGUUACGUAUCAGAACACAAACGGGAACAGAGAAAAUUUCAUUAUGCAUAUGAAAGCUCAUUUCGAUUAUGAUCCCGAAGAUGACGGUUACAUUCCAUGCAGAGAGCUGGGCAUCAGUUUCCAAAAGGGCGAAAUUUUACAUGUUAUAUCUCAAGAAGACGCUAAUUGGUGGCAAGCGUUCAGAGAGGGCGAAGAAGAUCAAACAUUGGCUGGUCUUAUACCAAGUAAAUCUUUUCAACAUCAGCGUGAAGCAUUAAAACAAACUAUAACCGGUGACAAACAUGGUAAAGAUAAACCCAAAAAACAAAAUACGCUUCUUUGUGGUAAAAAGAACUUGAAAAAAAGGAAAAAGAAGUCACUGUAUCAAGAUGGAGGUUAUCCUAUUUAUUCAUCAAACUCUGAUGAAUAUGAAGCCGAAGAGAUACUGACUUAUGAAGAAGUAGCUUUGUAUUAUCCACGGGCAAAUCAUAAAAGGCCAAUUGUGUUGAUUGGUCCACCUAACAUUGGUCGACAUGAGCUUAGACAAAGAUUAAUGGAAGACCGAGAUAGGUUUGCAGCUGCUAUUCCUCAUACCAGCCGAGCAAAAAAAGAUGGUGAAAUUGAUGGUCAAGAUUAUCAUUUUAUCACCAGAGUUCAGUUUGAAUCAGAUAUUUUGUCUAGAAAGUUUGUUGAACACGGUGAAUACGAGAAGGCUUAUUAUGGUACAUCACUUGAUGCCAUCCGGUCGGUGGUUAACUAUAGUAAGAUAUGCGUCUUAAACCUACACCCUCAGUCAUUGAAAAUUCUCCGGAGUUCUGAUUUGAAGCCCUUUGUUGUGUUUGUGGCUCCACCUUCUUUAGAAAAACUUCGUCAAAAGAGGCUAAAGAACGGCGAACCUUACAAAGAGGAAGAGCUUAAAGAAAUCAUAGAGAAGGCAAGAGAAAUGGAAGACAAAUUUGGCCAUUACUUCGAUAUGAUCAUCAUCAAUAAUGACACCGAAAGAGCGUAUCACCAACUAUUAAAUGAAAUAAAUAGUCUAGAAAGAGAACCUCAAUGGGUGCCAGCUACUUGGGUAAAAACCGCAUCAUAGCGGUAGUCGAUGGAUAUAUUUUAGUAUUAUUAUUAUUAUUAUUAUUAUCAUUGUUACAUUGUAAAAAGUUCAUGAUGACUGAUGAACAGAAAAAAACGGUGCUUACCGAACAAGUCGAAUGGUUGUCAUACGUUCGGUGUAGGCAUACACAAAACUGUACAUUUAAGUUAAAAUAAUAUUAUGUGUUAUGUUUGUACAGAUUGAAUAAUGGAAAAAAAGUAAUGUGAUAUAUUACCUUAAAUAUAGUAUAGUACAGUGUUAUAUGUAAAUGAUGACCAAUAAAAGCCAUCAACUUUGCCAUUUUAGUAUGUAUAACUAUAAUAUAGCCCUCGAAUGAGUGUUUUCCGUUGAUUCCUCGUCAAAACGUUGACUAUAUAUUAUAAUAUUAUACAACACACAAACUAUUCGGAAACUUCUCGUAAAUUUUUAUAAAACGACUGAGCCCCAUUCUUAUAUAAACCCCUAAUGUAAUAUGUAAGUAUACAAUAAUGUAUUGUCAAUACUUGUUCAAUUAUUUUUGUGAUUGUGAAUGUUUAGAAUUAUAUUGUUUUAUUGUUUCUCUGUACACGAGGUGUGCACAAAUCAUAAUAUUAUUGUAAUUAUUAUUGCAUUACAAUAACUACCAACGAACCGCAUUCGAAAAUACACCUAUUUACACGAUGUGUGUAUAAAAUAAAUUGAAAUAACUAUUUAAAAUAUUUUAUUUAUUGAAUAAAUUACCGUACGGUGUAAUAUGCAGCCAAUUAGUGAUCGAGUAGACAAGGGGUAUGUUAGGAUAUUAAACAACCAUUUUUAAAUCCUGAAUUCGCACGCCUUACGUGUGCCUAGACUACUCUGGCGGGUAUUUUACUUCAUUUUUUUUAACCAAUCAAAUGAUUCUUUUUAUUUUUUAUUAAAUUUAAAUUUAAAACAUUAAAAUUUUACUAUGUUAAAGGUUCAAUAUUUCAGUAUGUGCACAAAUGUUAAA